AUGGAGAACCUGCAGGAUGCCAACGCUGAUGCCAAGAUGAAGGCCCUGGUGUUCCUCAGGAGCAUGAUGGGUGACGCGAAGACUGAGGAGGCCAGCCUCAUUGCUGUGCAGCUGGCGGAGAAGCUCCCACCCCUCUUUGAUGAUGGCUCUGGGGCCACUCAGCCUCAGCUGCACAGCGGGCCCACAGCUCCUGUGUUCGGGAUCCGAGCCCAGAGCAUCUCCCCUCACAUCAGCCACGCUAACGCCCUUGCUCACCGUGGAUGUGAUGAAGGCCGUGGUGGGGAUAAACAAGAAAAAGAUGAAGAAGAGAGUGCAGAGGGUCCUGCUCCCGCUCUUCCUCCACAUGAGCGACGAGAUCGAGAGCGUGGCACAGGCCUCAAGGGACACCCUCCUCGCCUGUGCCGAGUUCCUGGGGUGGAGGAAGCUCAGCCACCUGGCCAAGACAAACCAGACGCACCUGAUCGGAGAGUCCUUGUUAGUGCACGACAGGAGCAGGGCAGAAGACUAUCUGUUUCAGAGCCUGCAGUACCUGCGCAACGCUCAGGCCACCUUGCGAGAGGUGGCUGUCAGGUUCAUUGGGCUUGCCGUGCAGCACCUGAGGAACCUAAGUCAGACCAAGGUGUGGAAUGUCUGCAACGCCCUCUUGCCCUUGAGGAGAGACACGGAGCGCUUGGUCAGCUCCCUGGCAGCUCAGACCGUCUUCAAACUGACAAAACGCGUGAGAACACGAGGAUGGAGCCGGCGGUGGCUGUGCUGCUGUCUCGGCUGAGCCAUGGAGAACUGAAAGAAUCCUCUGGAAAAGGGCCAUAGAUUUGAAUAAUUCUUUGUUUUUAAUAAAGCUGGAAUAACAAGCCCCGUCCCAUGGUGUCCUUCCCAUGGGGACCACCCUGAGCGGGCCGAGCAGACAGCGUCCCUCCUGGCCUCUGCUGCUGCCUGCAGGACAGCACCCGCGGACCCAGGCUGUCCUGGCAACAAAGCCCCAGCU